GGCGGAUGUUAGCGCAUAACCGGAAGUUCGCCCGUCAGACGUGCGCGAGCGAUGUUUGUGUGUGUUGUUUUAGUCGUCGCAGUGAUUUAAAUGUCGUUUUAAUAUUUAUAAUAUAUUUGUUUUUGUUUAAUUGAGAUGAUGAGCUGCGCAGUGAUGUUACAGGCGCAGAUCUCCGCCAUCAUGGAUGUGUUGGUGAAGGCGGCGGUGGCGGAGAUCGGUCAGCUGCUGGAGGACGACGCUGCUGCUCUGCAUGAGGAGAUCAUGAGGAGAAACGAGGAGAUCCAGGGACUGAAAGCUCGACUGAUCCUCACCGAGACUAAACUACAGCGCUUUACUACAGACAGAAGCUCUGUGGCCGUACAGGUGGAGAUGAUGGACACAAGUGUGGUGGUCUGUUCACGAGAGUCAAGGGCUGAAGGUCAGGAUAAGAGCAUCAUGACCAGUCCAGAGAAAGAGCUCUCAGAGGAGAAGCCAAGCAUUUCAUCAGAGAUUAAUUCACAUCAUUUAAGAAGAGAGGAAGUGAUCAAGUCAUUUAAACCUUCAGAGGAAACCAGAGGAACCCCGGCCGAGGAAGAGGACCUCAGUGGAUUAGAGUUUGAGAUGAAGAUUGAACAGGUAGAAGAACUUGUUGAUCAAAAACUAAGUGAAGUUCAGACAGAGCAAAAGAGUGACAAACAAAACCACUGUGAACAACAACAACACUGUGACAAUAAUAACUCUGAUUUAUGGCUGUCAGGAGGACAUCCAGAGAAAGCCUUUGAUCAUUCUGAGGGUCUUAUUCAAGAGUCUCAUCAACAAACUCAGACUUUUACAGAUUCAUAUGUCACACAAGUGUUGAUGGAAGAUCCGCUAAGUUCUCAGUCUUCGUCCGGAUUGUUUGGCUCUGGUGUUAUGCUGGAGAACGAGAGUUUUAGUGCUUCAGCAAAUGAAAACAUAGAGUACAGUUCCAACCUUUUGAUGUCUGCACGACAGGAUCCCCAUAGACGAUCACCGACUGCGCCCAGAACCGGCCCGACCGACUCCAAUACAUUUAGCAGAUUUCCAUCGUCUCAUUCCGGCUCACGUUUGCCUAAAACACUCACGCAGAAUGUAUAUAUGGCGGACCACCCACGGCGCAACGUAAGGCCAAAACCGUUCCGAUGUGAGGAGUGCGGUAAAGGCUUCACGCAGAAAACACGCUUGGUAACACACAGACGAGUACACACGGGUGAAAAACCCUUUCGCUGUCAGCUGUGUGGUAAGAUGUUCUCCAGACAGGAUAACUGUCUCAGACACGUGCGCUUGCACAGUGGGCAGCACUGGUAACCGGACAUGCUCGGAGAUCACAUCAUGUUUAGACGACAACAACUUUCUGUAUUUAAAAAAAAAACUAGUUUGUUUUUGUUGUGCAUGUUGAAAUCUAUCCCUACAUGUUGUUUAUUUGCCUGCACUUAUGUUUGAAAGGUUACUGGUUGAUUUUUAAGUGAAGUGUAAUAUUCAAAUAAAAUACAGAAUAGAGGGUAUGCACAUGACGUCACUGUCGGCGAGAGGGACUUUCGGUUACGCCCACUGAGUGGCAAAAGACAGAGCGGCAACAUUUGCGUGCAGCGUGACAUCGGUGAAAACGCGUCUAAAUGGGGAACAGCUGCUGUGCGAUAGAAUGCACUCAGAGAUUAACAAGAAUUUGGUCUAUCAUUUUACAGACUGCCAAAAAACACUGAAAGGAGAAAUAAAUUGAUCGUUCAUGUCAACGUCCACAGACCACAGGUGGGUUAAUAAGUUGCUAGCGUCACUAUCAAGAGGAGGUUUUUCUUUCUACUUAAAAGUAUUUUUCAAGUAUUUGUAUUUUAUUCAUGUUUUUCUUUGAAAAACAUACAUUCCAAUGCAUAUUAUCAUCAUUUUUACAUGACCUUUCAUAAAUAAUAGUUUUUUGUUUUACAUUUAAUAUUUAAGUACAUUAACAUACUUUUACUUAAGUAAAAGUACAAAAUUUUAAUGUAAUUAGGUAUUAAAUAAAUUUUAAUAUGCCAUAUAAAGAAUACACAGUAUGAUUAUAUGCUUUAGAAUGUAGUGAAUAAAAUUUUUCCCAAUACAAACAUCCUAAUAAAGCACAGAUGCUUGGAAAAUGUAACUAACAUAAUUAAGUAUUGUCCACCUCUGCUAUCAAGCCCAACUAAAUUCAAUUUAAGCUGAUAAUAGUCAGUUUUACUGGCAUUUUCGCAGCACCCGCUAUGAAACCAGCCAUUUUGUUGAACGUUUGGCACUCAACAGGGCGAGCUCUCGCGUGGAAAAGUGACGUCAAUGCAUACCCUCUAUUGCAUAGGGCUGAGCGGUAUGCCGGUAUGUUCUGUUACCGUAAAAUAAAAUGUCAGACGUAACAAAUUUUUCUAUUCCGUGGGUACAAUACAAAUUGAAAAACAUAUAUGACAUUGAUUUUUGUUCAUACCGCCCACCCUUAGAAUUACACUUUGUUGAGUUACAACAGUCACAUGAGUUUAUUAUUAUCAAUGAUUAUUUUUGCAGUUCUUUUGUUUUCUGUAAGUGGCAUUUCACUUCACACUUGCUGUUUAAUUGUCGUUCAUUAUUGAAGUAAACUGUGAAGCAUCAAACAUUUCA